UGCUAUUUACAAGGGCGCUACAAAUGUCCACGGUCCGGUCUUCCUGCCCUGGGCGUUAUCAAUAGUAAAGGUUAAUUAGUUAGCUGAGAAAUUGGAUCAGGGGCGGGCAGUUAGAAUUUGAUCCAUAGACAGGUAACUCAAGCAAUCCCCUUUGUCACUGCAAUCAGACCUAUAUAAAUCCGCCUUGACGGACAGCAGUCACCACAGCCUUACCUCUCUGCUACAUCACCGACCGGGAGAAAACCACCGAAACAAGGAAAACAAUGUCGCUCUCAUCUAUCCUUUCCGCUGAUGCCAUCGACAGUGCUAUCAAGGACUGCCAAGCACCAGACUCCUUCUGUCCCAAGAAGUUCUUCACGCUGUGUGGGCUCACCAAGAAGAGCCCUGCGGACGUGAAGAAGAUUUUCGGGAUCCUGGACAAUGAUGGCAAUGGUUUUGUUGAGGAGGAAGAGCUCAAGUUUUUCCUCCAGAGGUUUUCCCCAGGGGCUCGCGUUCUGACAGACAAGGAGACCAAGGGCUUCCUGAGCGCUGCUGAUGAUGACAGUGACGGCCGCAUUGGAGCAGAUGAGUUCCAGGCCAUGAUCUUGUCCUAAACAACUGGACUCCAUCUCUCCAACCUGAUCUGACCCCCCCCCCCUACCCCUACCCCCACUGCUUCAAGGGCUCUAGUCAAUCAAUUUCCAUACUGUUAG